AUGGCCAAAGAUGGAGAAGUUCAGUUGUUUGGUGUGAGGGGAAGUCCCUUUGCUGGAAGGGUGCAGGUAGCCCUGGAACUGAAGGGAGUCCAAUACACAUACUUUGAGGAAGAUCUUAGAAACAAGAGUGAUCUUCUCCUCAAAUACAACCCUAUUCACAAGAAGGUUCCUGUGCUUGUCCACAAUGGAAGACCCUUGGCUGAGUCCCUUGUCAUCCUUCAAUACAUUGAUGAGACCUGGGGGAAUCACCCCAUCUUCCCUCAGCACCCCUAUCAUAGAGCCUUGGCUCGAUUCUGGUCAAGCUUCAUCGAUGACAAGUGUCUGCCUGCAAUAACAAAGGCUGCAUUCACUGCAAACAAGGAGGAACGUGAGAAGGGCAGUGAGGAAUCACUAGAGGCUCUUCAAUUUCUGGAGAAUGAACUGAAACACAAGUUCUUUGGUGGAGAGAGUAUUGGCAUAGUGGACAUAGCCGCAGGGUUCAUAGCUUUCUGGCUCCCUGCGAUCGAAGAGGCUGUGGGGUUGAAACUGCUGAGCUCUGAGAAGUUUCCAAAGCUUUCCAAAUGGAGUGAAGAAUACACAAACCAUCCUGUUGUCAAAGAGAACCUGCCUCAAAGAGAGAGGGUUGUGGGCUUUUUCAAAGCUCGAUAUGCAUCCAUCGUUGCUUCCAAAUAG